CCAAUGGCCACGCUGAUGAUGAUGAUGAUGAUGAUGAUCAUUGUGCUUGGAAUGGCGACGGCCACCACAGCAAGCACCAGCCGCGGUAUGCCCAGCUGGGUGAUGCCGGAAGACGGACGUCUGCUCCUGACUGCGUCCCCACCGGUGGAUGCUGUGGUUGCCAAAGAUGGUAGCGGGGAUCAUGACACCAUCAAUGCGGCUGUGGCGGCAGCACCGCCAGGGGAGGCUAGGUACAUCAUCUACAUCAAGGAAGGAUUGUACCAGGAGAAGGUUGAAGUGCUCCACCGGAGCAAUGUGAUGCUCAUCGGAGAUGGCGCUGCUCGAACAGUGAUUACCGGCAACGAAAGCAAUCGAACUCUAGGCACCCCAUGCACGGCCACAGUCAGCGCACAACGGGAAGGCAUCAUCAUUCGAGACAUGACCAUACAGAACACAGCGGGGCCGGAGGCAAAACAAGCCGUGGCCCUUCUGUCCAACUCCAACAAAUCCGUAUUUUACCGCUGCCAGAUCCUGGGUUUCCAGGACACCUUGCUAGCCGAGAACUUUCUGCAAUUUUACAAGGAAUGUGAAAUCGCGGGGACGGUGGACUUCAUCUGGGGGGCUGCAACCGCAGUGUUCCAAGAUUGUGCCCUUCUCGCGCGCCGCCCGGGCAUCAUGCAGCAGAAUGUGUUGACUGGCCAGGGAUGCAACGGAGUCGACAGUGCCUCGGCGUUCACGUUUCAAGGAUGCAACGUGACGACGCGCGAGGACCUCCGCGGCGUCGAGACGUAUCUCGGGCGCCCAUGGCAGCCGUAUGCCCGGGUAAUCUUCAUCCACUGCUACAUGGACGCCAUAGUGCACCCCUUAGGGUGGUUGUCCUGGGACAAUAAGAAGAUUAACGUCACUACUACCACGCGCACUGUCUUCUUCGCUGAGUUCGAGAACCAGGGUCCUGGAGCCGACGUGCGCGGGCGCGUCAACUGGGCUGGCUUCCACAACAUAAAAAAGGCGUCCAAGGCGGCCAAGUUUACUGUAAACAACUUCAUCGAUGGCCGCGCCUGGCUGCCGGAGACCGGCGUCCCGCUGAGGAUUGAUGCUGCUGCACCGAGGAGAACAGCCUGCCCAAAUUGCAUCAGUGCGUUGAGAAGGCUCUUAAGAGUUAUUCUGACAACCCAGCUGAGAAUGCUGAUUGCUCUCUGCAUUCCGAAAAUUUAUGCUACUUGUGCCCGUGUUUGUGGGCUGAUUGCUCUGUGCAUUCAGAAAAUUUAUGCAAUGUAUGUUUGUGCUUGCAGGCUUAGGAUUGGUGCUGCCACAGGAAGCAGAACACCGUGCCCAAAUCAAAUCAGUGCGUUCGAGAAGGCAGCCAGGAUAUGGCACAUCAUCAUCACCGAUGCAGUGGAGAAUGGGUUCAUCGUGCUAGGCAAGUUGGUCAGGAACACAUCAUUGGUGUACCUCAACAAGGUCACCGACGUCUGCGUUGCCGCCAUGCUCGAGUCCAUGGAGCCCUGGUGCAGCAUGAAGGACAGGCGAGCUAGCUGCUCCUUUAUUUCUUGA